CAGCCUUCAACUGAACUAUCUCUUGAGCAUCCAGAGGCAGCGCAAAGAGCAAACUUGUUGUUACUGGGCAACACGAAAACAACAGCAAAAAAUGGACACUGUCUUGGAUACAUUUACAGGACUGGACUCCUUCUCCUCCCCUUAUUUUGACGAGGAUGAUUUCUUUACUGACCAGUCCUCCAGGGACCACUUGGACACAGAUGAGUUUCUGGAUGACGAUGUCGACUUUCUCACCAGCCAUUUCCAAGAUUACUACAAGGACAGCAGGAUAGCGCACGAUGGGGACUACUGUGAAAUUGGCAACUUUUCCUUCUCUUCCUCCUCUUCUACCUUCUCGUAUGAAUGCACUGACAGCACCUCAGAGCUGUCACCUCAGAUGGGAGGAGAUGUCCCGAUGCUAAAAAGGCGGAGGCGGAUGAGGUCCGAUAUGGAGAUGCAACAUUUACGGCAGGCUGCUAACGUCCGGGAGCGGCGGAGGAUGCAGUCCAUUAACGAUGCUUUCGAGGGACUCCGGUCUCACAUCCCCACUCUACCAUACGAGAAGAGGCUCUCCAAAGUCGAUACUCUGCGCCUGGCCAUUGGCUACAUCAACUUCCUCGCUGAGCUCGUGCAGUCGGACAUGCCCAUCCGAAACUCCAACAGUGACGCACCGACUCAACCCAAAAAAGUUAUAAUUUGCCACAGAGGAACAAGAUCUCCGUCUCCAAGUGACCCUGACUACGGGUUGCCUCCCCUUGCCGGCCACUCUCUGUCCUGGACAGACGAGAAACAGCUGAAAGACCAGAACAUCAUUAGAACCGCUAAAGUCUGGACACCCGAGGACCCACGGAAACUGCACAUGAAACCCUCCAUGAACAACAUUGAAAACGAGCCUCCUUUCAGCUUAACCUCAGCCCAAUAAAUGUUAUAUUUAUGUCUAAAA